AUGUCCAUAAGAGGUGUUACUAUAUCUUCAUUAUUGUCGGGAACUCAUGAUGAAACUGAUGGUGCUGGCACCACUGGUGGAGCUAAUGGUGAUGAAGUUAAUACAUCAAAACCAAUUAACGCUAAUGGGAAUUCCGUUAAGAAUUUAGUAUCGAUGUUUCAACCAAACAUUAAGAUUGGUGGGCCUGAAAGUCCAAUGGUAAUUAUUGAUGACGAACCUCCGACUAUACCUAAUUUCCAAUAUAAAAAAGAAAGUAGUGUUAGUAAUGUUACCAUUGCACCUAAAGCUAAUCCCACGCCAGUUGAUUUGAGUAAACAAAUCAAAAAAUUUCAAACCGAUUUCCAAUUCGAUAUUCCAAACAAAGCAUCAAUUAGCUCGAUCAUGAAUGUUGAUGCCCCUCCUCCUCAGAUACCACAAACCACACCAACCCCUAUAGCACCAGCAGUCCCACCAUCAGCAGCACCAAAGUCGCCUAAGAAAAAACCUCAAAAGAAAGAAGUCAAGAAACCUGCUACUAAGGAGAAGAAAGAACCAGCCAAACGAAAAGCUGAACCAAAGAAAUUGGCAGUUAAUAAAAAGGCUAAAACCACUCCUGAACCACCGAAAGUAACGAAACCAGUAGAAGUUAUCAAUUUACCACCACCUGAACUAAUCAAUAUAAAUGGUCCCAAAGAACCCACUCCAGACAAGACAGUCGACAAAGAAAAGCCCAAGGAAACACCCAAAGAAAUCCAACCUCCUAAAGAACUAGAGUUAGGUAAAAAGGAAGAAAUCAAAGAAUUACCCAUCAUAGCAUUGAAUAUUCCGUUACUAGAUCCUAAAAAACCUCAACCUGGUCAAGCAGAAGUGGUAGUAAAUGUAUUGAAAUUAGCUGAAGAUAAAUAUGGAUGGUCUAGUGUUCACCCCAAUGCUAAAUCAGCACUUGAAGUUUUGGAUGAUAGUGAUGAUGAUUUAGAAGAAGAUGAUAAAGAGGAAGAUGACGAUAAAGAGGAAAAACCUGAAGACAAAGAAAAGGAAAAAGAAAAAGAAAAAGAGAAAGAGAAAGAGAAAGAGAAAGAAAAGGAGAAAGAAAAAGACGGGAAAGAGAAGAAAGAAUUAACGGAAGAGCAAUUGGUCAGACAACAUGAGACGAGAAUGAAUAGAAAAGUAGGGAAAUAUGAUUAUUUAGAUCCAUUCAUCGAUGAUAAUGAAUUAGAACUUGAAGAAGGUAUAACGUCUACGAAAGAAGGAUUCUUUGUUUAUUGGGGACCUAUAGUUGAUGAUAGGGCUAAAAAACCAACUAAAGGCAAAAGAUAA